UGCUCUUGUCGAGCACUUUACUUUGGUGUUUGCUACCUGCUUAGAGCUAUCUUCCUAUUACUGAGGUGAAAUAGCUCAGUACAGAGCAGGUGUUUGAAAUGGUGUAUUUAGGGCAAGAUCUCAACCUGCAGCUGUAGUAGGUUAGCUUGGUGCAAUUUAUAACAUACAACCUAACUUGCUCAUAACAUAUAACCUAACUUGCACACUGGGCAUAUUAUGCCUCCUUUUGUUAAGGCAACCUCAUCUUGGAGAACACAAAUAUGAAAAGCAGCCACUUUCUCCUAACAGAGACUAGGAAGUUGCACUUAGUGCAAACAAAACAGCAUGCAUUCUUAUCAGAUAGGUGGGAGGAGCUAGAAGAACCUGCCAUGUAGGCAAGAGUGGCUCUUAGCCUGCCCCACACCAUUUGAAAGUAUGCAGCCUGCAGAAGCCAGCUCUGAGCUGGAUGAUCUUUGUCUCUCCAUUUGAAAGAGUACAGGAGCCUGGAUGAUUUUUCUGAUCCUUGUGCUUUAUUCUACAUCUAUGGUUGUUGCAAUAAGGAAAAAUAUUUGAAGUUAAACUGCUUAGGGAAAAGUGAAGUCUGGAGGUGAAAUCUGUGCUUCUCCAGAGGAAGAAGAACUUACUGAAUAGAAGUGCAAUAUAUUUUGAUACUGACAAAGUCCUGGUCGUUGCUGUUAGCUGUCCUCAGCUUCAGAAGGAGAAGCAGAGCCUGGGGAAAAAGUGCAAGGCUUUCUGAGCUGAGACAAGCAAUAAAACUAAUUUUGUUGGAAUGGAUGAAAGAAUUGAUCACCCAGCAGCUAAGCCUGAAGAUGACCUAAGUGUAGCCAACAUCUCAGUCCAAAUGGUAUCUGUGGAAGACAAGUUGGUAAAGAGGAUUCUGGCGAGGAAAAAACAUGGCAAGCUGAAGAAAAAAGAAAAGAUGCUGUGGAAUUUUCAAAACCAAAUAAUUCUUUUUACCCUCAUUCUAUUUGUUUUAGGAGUUGUAACCUGGACUUUACUGUGGCUCUUCGUUGUUCAGGCAGAAAACAAAGAUGCGUUGUACUUUGUUGGGUUGUUCCGUGUUGCCAACAUAGAGUUUCUCCCUGAAUAUAGGCAGAAGGAGUCAAAAGAAUUUCUCUCUGUGGCACAGAACGUCCAGCGUGUGAUGAACUUGGUUUACACUACCUCCUCUUUCUCCAAAUUUUAUAAGCAGUCCACUGUUACAGAAGUCAGUAACAACAAUAAUGGAGGCCUUCUUAUUCACUUCUGGAUCGUAUUUGUGGUACCGCAGGCGAAAGGCCAAGCACUGUGUGAGGACUGUGUGGCUGCCAUUUUAAAGGAUUCUAUUCAGACCAGCAUCAUUAACCGGACCUCAGUGGGAACUCUUCAGGACCUUGCAGUUGACAUGGACUCCAUCGUACUAAGUGCAGGUCUUCGGUCAGACUACUGGUCAACAACAGGAACAGGAACAAAUUGUAUGUAUGAUCUGCAUGCUGAUCGUCUACAUGAGCAUUUUCCUCUGGAUAUCCAUGCUACCUCUGGGGGAACAAUCUGCUAUCUGAAACUGAUAGCAUUAGUGGGCCAUCUUAUUCGUCUUUCAGUAGUAUCCCUUCAGAUUGAAGCAGAUAACUGCAUCACUGACUCACUAACUAUUUAUGACUCUUUGAUGCCAAUCAAGCAUAAGAUACUGUAUCGGGCUUGCGAACCAGCUGAUUCCUUGGUGUCACUUGUGUCCACGAAUAAUCUGAUGCUGGUAAUAUUUAAGGCAGCACACAUAAAGGAACAGAAGGGAUUCCAUGGCUAUUUUGAGGUCAUUGCACAAGAAAGGUGUGGAAAAGCCAUAGUGACAAAAGAGAAAAUUGGCUAUGAAGGGAGAAUCACAAGUCCUUAUUACCCAAGCUAUUACCCUCCAAAAUGUCUUUGUGCGUGGAACUUCCAGACUCCACAGAAGAACCUCGGUAUAGCUCUGAAGUUUCAUAACUAUACCAUCAGUGAGAAGAAUAUUAAAGGCUGUGAACGAGGAUGGUGGAAAAUUAAUGAACACAUGUACUGCGGUUUCUAUGUUGAUCACCAAACAGUCUUCCACAUUGCAAGCUCUGCUGUUAACAUUGAGCUUCAGUGCAGUUCAAAGGUGUCAGAGAAGCCCCUUCUGGUGGAGUAUGGCAGCUAUAACAUCAGCCAGCCAUGUCCACCCGGAUAUUUCAAGUGUUCUACUGGUUUAUGCAUCCAGCAGAUGCAGCGCUGUGAUGGGGUAAACAACUGCUUCGACGAAAGUGAUGAACUCUUCUGUGUUGUCCCUGAGUGGAACUGUAACUCCAGCUUUGCGAUACAGGAUAACUUGCUUGUCUGCAACGGAGUAAACGAUUGUGAGAAUGGAGAAGAUGAGCAAAAUUGCACCAACAGUAUUCCUUGCACCAACCACACAUUUAGGUGCAGGAAUAACAUAUGCAUUAAGAAACAAAAUGCAAAAUGUGAUGGGACUGUGGAUUGUACUGAUGGAAGUGAUGAAAGCAGUUGCAGUUGCGGCAGCAGCAAGAGUGGCAAUCUCAUCUCUCGGAUUGUGGGUGGUACAAACACUAAGGAGGGUGAAUGGCCCUGGCAGGUCAGCCUCCAUUUUGUGGGAGCUGCGUACUGUGGGGCAUCAGUGAUAUCAAAAGAAUGGCUUAUAUCUGCAGCUCACUGCUUUCAAGGGAGCAAGCUGGCUGACCCCAGAGCGUGGCGUGCUCACUUGGGGAUGCGAAUACAAGGCCGUGCAAAGUUUGUAUCUGCAGUGAGACGGAUCAUUGUCCACGAAUACUACAACAGCAGAAACUAUGACUAUGACAUUGCGUUGCUGCAGCUGAGCAAGCCAUGGCCAGAUACAAUGAGCCAUGUCAUUCAGCCAAUCUGCGUGCCUCCUUUCUCGCACAAAGUUCGCAGUGGUGAGAAGUGCUGGAUAACAGGUUGGGGCCAAAAGCAGGAAGUGGAUGAUGAAGGUGCUGCAAUUCUUCAGAAAGCAGAGGUAGAAAUUAUUGACCAAACAUUGUGUCAUUCCACAUAUGGAAUUAUCACAGCCAGAAUGUUUUGUGCAGGAUUAAUGUCUGGAAGAAGAGAUGGGUGCAAAGGUGAUUCUGGUGGGCCGUUGUCAUGUCAAAGCAAUGAAGAUGGAAAAUGGUUUUUGACUGGCAUUGUUAGCUGGGGUUAUGGAUGUGGAAGACCAAAUUUUCCUGGUGUCUACACAAGAGUGUCAAAUCUUGCCCCAUGGAUUUACAAACAUGUGCCUUCAGUCAUAUAACUUGAAAGCUAUUUUGCUGGAAUAAAACAUGUGCUGGAUAUCUUCAUUAAAAAGCAUGUUAGGCUAAAAACUGUUCAGUGUGGGAAUUUCUUUGCAUGUCUCCCUGAUGUCACAAUAUUUGAUUCUGGAGUGCGUAUAUGGCAGUAUAUGGCAGUAACAAGCACCUUUUGUUCAAGCCUCAGGGAAAGGAAAAUCGGAGAAAAAAUCUUGAGAUUUGCUCUAUAGAGAUAUCUGGGAACACUGAAGAUGUGGAAAUAAGCAUCUGGUCCUUUUUGUUCUUUUUACAUGGCACAUGUUAUGUGCAAUCUAUCAGGAAACUAAAGAUACAGCUGACUAUCUGAUGGCAGCUUAAGUCUGACUCACAUUUUUCCUCUCAGCUGUGCAUACACUAAUUAAGUGGCAUAGCAGUCAGCCACUAGUACUUUUGCUAAUUCUG